AUUAUCCAAAGGACCUUUCCUAUUUCGCCAAAGAAACCCCAACCAUAAUCCAAAUGCUGUUGCUCUAUUCCUGACUCUCAUUAUUUCUCCAUCGCCUUUGAAACCAAGGAGGGGAAAUGCCUAUCUACACUGCAACUCUGGCCCUUGGAUCAGUCUCACGUCUCUUGUUCACCACCAUAAGUGAUGCAUCCUCCUCCUCCUCCUCCUCCUCCGGUUCUUGCUCAGUCUCUUCUUGUUUCUUAACCCAUUCCAACUUCCCAAAACAGACCCACAAGUCUUUUGGCAAGAAGACAACUUCCGUGGUUUGCGCUGCGAGCAAGACUGAAGUGCAGGACUCGUCUCCCUCCACGGAGCAGGCUCGGAGGUCUGCUGAUUGGAAGGUAGCAAAAGCUUACAGUGAUAGUGGAUUCAUCUUUGACGGGAUGGUUGAAGGGUAUAAUAGUGGAGGAUUGCUGGUUCGGUUUCAUUCUUUAAUAGGUUUUCUACCAUUUCCACAAUUGAGCCCAUCACACUUUUGCAAAGAACCAGGAAAAGGCGUCCAGGAGAUUGCAAAAGGAUUAGUUGGUUCUCUUAUUUCUGUAAAGGUAAUCCAAGCAGAUGAAGAGAACAAGAAACUGAUAUUCUCAGAAAAGGAAGCUGUUUGGUCCAAAUUUUCUGAAAAAAUUAGUGUUGGUGAUAUUUUUGAAGCUAGAGUAGGUUCUGUGGAGGACUACGGUGCUUUUGUUCAUCUACUAUUUCCUGAUGGUCUUUAUCAUCUGACUGGACUAGUACAUGUCUCGGAGGUUUCAUGGGAUUUAGUUCAGGAUGUAAGAGACAUUUUGUCAGAGGGUGAUACAGUAAGAGUUAAGAUCAUUAAUAUUGAUCGAGAAAAGUCAAGAAUCACAUUGUCAAUUAAACAGUUAGAAGAAGAUCCACUUUUAGAAACAUUGGACAAAGUGAUACCACAGGAUGGCUCUGACGGUCUUGAUUCUUUGAACUCUGACGAUAGCAGUAAUAUAGAACCUCUUCCAGGCCUUGAAGCCAUAAUUGAAGAGCUACUACAUGAAGAUGGAAUAGAUGAUGUCGGAAUCACUCGCCAAGGGUUCGAGAAAAGGGUGGUUUCGCAAGAUCUGCAGCUUUGGCUUUCUAAUUCACCAGCCAUUAACCGGAAGUUUACUCUCCUUGCUCGGGCAGGACGGCAGGUGCAGGAAAUACAACUGACAACAACACUUGAUCAGGAAGGUAUAAAACAAGCACUCCAGCGAGUAUUGGAGCGUGUCCCAUAGAUGAAUAAAAACAAGCACUACACGGUAUUUGUUCACAGUUACAUUGUUUUGGUUGUGACAGAUAUUUCUGUAUAGAAGUUGUUGAGGCACUGCGCUAUAUGCUGUAUAAAACAGGAAUUCUUACUGAAAAAGGUUAUAGGUCAC